UCUUCAUGUAUGUAUGUAUACAUUCAGAAGCAGCACAUAUCGAUCAGAAUCCCCAUAGCUCAAAGACAUCAAGAAUGGCCGAAGCUAGAGACUGGUUGGUAGCGAUUCGCCGCACAUUUACAAAAUUCUCGUGCAAAUCUGUCGCCGUUGUCAACCACAUUGACUUGAUCCAUGAUGUCACAUUAGAAGAAGAAGAAGAAGAAGAAGUCGCUCCUCCUGCUGUAACGGAAAAAAUAGCUUGUUACAAAGGUGAGAGAAAUUUGAAACGUAAGGGACUACUCGUGGCCAAUGAUGUUGCAGCAAUCAAGAUCCAAGCAUGCUUCAGGGGGCAUCUGGCUAGGCGUGCCUUGAGGGCUUUGAGGAGUCUGGUGAAGCUGCAGGCCUUGGUGCGUGGUGUUUGCGUGCGAAGGCAGGCGAAGAUCGCCAUCCACUGUAUGCAGGCCAUGGUUCGGUUGCAGGUCAGGGUUCGCGCAAGGCGGCUCCUAAGGACCUCAGGGGAAAUGGAGCUCUUGCAAUCUUAAUAACAAAACUGUAGUGUUAAUCCUCACUGGCAGCGAGCCAGGCGUCCGGAGAGUCGCAGGUUGACGGAGAUUCAGUCUAGCUCACCGUCAUCUAUUAGUAGUUAAUUAGUGCUCCACAGUAGCUUAUUAUUUAUUUUCAGUCUUUAGAGAUGUAUUACAUGUUGGAUGAUUAGUGCCUUAGUACUAUUUUCAGUUGACUCUUGUGUUUGGAGAUU